GAGGUGGGGUUUAGGUUAGUUUCUAACUUCAUGAAUGUAUUUUUAUAAAUGUCAAAUUAGUCAAAUGGAAAGAUCUAAAUACAGAAAUCAACUAACUGUGAAGAUUUAGUCAGUUUUAAUUAUGUUUUGUGACAUUAGAAUUUCUUAACUGGAAUGGAGGUGUUUAUAUUGCAAUAUUAAACAUAUUUCGUAUUGAAGCUAAAUUAAAUUACGGACAACUGACAAGUGCCAGCUCAUCUGUGUUUAUGAAGAUUUAUCUUUAUUGUGAUGAAAUAAUUGCAAAAGAAUGGCUUAUGAGGGAAGUACACAUAAUGUAGAGCUUUCUCCGGCCUUUAUUGAAACUUUACAGAGUGAUUUUAAAAGUCUCUCUUCAGAAUCCAAAAAGAAAUAUCCCCAAGUGAAAGAGGCUUGCGAGGAAGCUAUUAAUAAGUUAAAAAGUACUCAAUCUUCACCACAAACGUCAAUAUAUUAUGUUGUCAACCAAAUUAUCUACCCCCUUUCUCAAGGUUGUGAAACGAAGGAUGUUAAACUGAUAAGACUAUGUUUACAAAUAAUGCAAAAACUGAUAACUCAUCAAUUAGUGGAUCAAAAAGGUGCUUUAUACAUUACUGAUACAUUAUGGGCUCUUAUGGAACUGGGUAUAGAAGAGGUCAAAAUAUUGCAAACCGUUACUCUACUAUUGACAACAAACACUGUAGUUCAUGGUGAAACUUUGGCAAGGACUUUAGUACUAUGUUUUCGACUCCACUUUGCAAAAAAUUCAACAACUAUAAAUACAGCUGGUGCAACUGUAAGGCAAUUGGUAUAUCUUGUAUUUGAAAGAGUUGUAUCUGAACAUGAACAAUUUUCGAAAGCUGAAAAUUUGCCUCAGAGAAUACCUAUCAACUUUGAAGAUUUGAAAGUUCCUAGUGGGAAUCCACCAAAAGGCUUACCACCAUGUGCUGGAGAUGCGUUUUUACUAUUUCAAGAUUUAGUACAAUUAGUAAAUGCAGACCAACCUUUUUGGUUAAUUGGCAUGACAGAAAUGACAAGAACAUUUGGCCUAGAGUUACUGGAAUCAGUAUUAACACAAUUUUCUUUAGUAUUUUAUAAGAAUGUUGAAUUCAGCUUCCUUCUUAAGGAGAGAGUAUGUGCUUUAGUCAUAAAAUUAUUUUCCCCAAAUAUUAAAUACAGAAGCAAUGUACCAAGCAGUAUUCAGCAGGCUACUCCAUUUGAAAAACCAUACUUUCCAAUUAGUAUGAGACUACUAAGAGUGGUAUCCGUUCUUAUCCAAAAGUACCAUAGCUUACUGGUGACGGAAUGUGAAAUAUUCUUGUCUUUAAUUGUAAAAUUUCUGGAUCCUGACAAACCUACUUGGCAAAGGUCACUUGCACUAGAAGUUUUACAUAAAAUGACUAUCCAGCCGGAACUGUUGAACUCAUUUUGUGAAUGUUAUGAUUUGAAUGUACAUACAACAAGCAUUUUCCAAGAUAUUGUGAAUUCUUUAGGUGCCUAUGUACAAUCUUUAUUUGUUAGCCCACAAUUGCAGAUGGGAGCAGGCAUUCCAGUAGUACAAGGUCAGCCUCCUGUGUACCUUGGAGGCUUACCAGCAGGGCCCGGAGUUUCUCCCCAACCAGGCUUUCUUUUGAGAGGAGUAUGGUUACCUAUUGUAGCUACAUUCCCCACUGGACAAACAAAAUCUACUUAUUUGGAAAUGCUGGAUAAAAUAGAACCCCCCAUAGUUCCAGAUGGUUAUGGCAUAUCAGUAGCUUACGCAUGUUUGAUGGAAAUCAUCAGAUCUCUUCAAAUUACCAUAAAUCCUCAACAUCUUCCAGAGGAACCUGUGGUGCCUAAGAAAGAAAAUAGUAAAGAGUUGAAUUGUCAGCUUAUCAACUCCAGUUGGUGUGGAUUGUUGGCUGCUUUAAGUCCACUUGUUGAUGCUAGUACUGAAGAAUCUGUAUCUGAGAACGUUUUAAAAGCUAUUCAGACUUACACUUCCUUGUGCGGAAUGCUUGACUUACACACUCCAAGAGAUGCUUUUAUAACUGCAAUCUGCAAAUCUUCAUUACCACCACAUUACGCACUAACUGUUUUGAAUGCUGUUACUUCUGGUGUAAACCUUAGACAAGCGCAUAGAGAUAGUCAGGAUAUAAAUCUUCCUAUGGUAGUCCAGUAUGGUGAAACAGAAUAUCGUCAACAAGUUGUAGCAGUUGGUACUCCUCUUCCAACGUCAUCAAUUCCAGCAGGUACUCAACAAGGACCUGUGAUGUUAACAGCAAAAAAUUUACAGUCAAUGAGAGCAUUGCUAAGCUUAGCACAUUGUCAUGGAGGUAUUUUAGGUACAUCUUGGCAUUUAGUUUUAACUACUUUGCAACAUCUUGUGUGGAUAUUGGGCUUAAAACCGUCAACUGGUGGCAGUUUGAAGGCUGGUCGACCUACAGCAGAUACUAAUGCUGUUAUUACCAGUUCUGUUAUGGACAACUUGCCCGUUUUGUCAACAAUGCUGAGUAAAUUGUUCGAAUCUAGUCAAUAUUUAGAUGAUGUAGCCCUACAUCAUUUGAUAAGUGCUUUGUGUAAACUGUCACAAGAAGCUAUGGAACUUGCUUAUUCAAAUAGAGAACCAUCAUUAUUUGCUGUUGCUAAGCUUUUAGAAACAGGGUUAGUAAAUAUGUCAAGAAUUGAGGUACUUUGGCGACCUCUAACAAAUCAUCUUCUAGAGGUUUGCCAUCACCCUCAUAUUAGAAUGCGUGGUUGGGGAGUAGAAGCUAUAACAUAUUUAGUAAAGUCUGCUCUACACUAUAAUCACGCUAUACCCCUAAGGGAAAACCAGAAACUUCAAACAUUGCUUUUGGGACCCUUGUAUGAAUUAUCUUCAGUGCCCCAUGGAGAUGUUAGACAAAAGCAAUUGGAAUGUGUGUUACAAAUUUUACAUACUAAUGGAGAGACACUGUCACAUGGUUGGCCUCUAGUUCUGGGUAUUAUUGGAGCUGUAAAUGACCAACAUGGGGAAAACCUCAUUCGUAUAGCAUUCCAGUGUCUCCAGCUAGUUAUAACAGAUUUUUUACCUGUGAUGCCAUGGAGAUGUUUACCUUUGUGUGUAGAUACUGUCUCUAAAUUUGGUUCUCAGACACAAGAAUUGAACAUAUCUUUAACAGCAGUUGGUUUGAUGUGGAAUAUAUCAGAUUAUUUUCACCAGAACCAAGGAAAACUCAGUCAAGCUUCUAAUGAAGACAACACCGUUUUGCCAGACUUUCCAGGAACACUUAACAUGCCAAGUUUUGACAAACUUUGGAUGUGUCUGUAUGCAAGGUUAGGGGACUUAUGUGUAGAUAGCAGACCUGCCGUCAGGAAAUCGGCUGGCCAAACCUUAUUCUCAACAAUAUCUGCUCAUGGUAGUUUAUUAAAACAGUCAACAUGGCAGGUUUUGCUUUGGCAGGUCUUGUUUCCUCUAUUAGAUAAAGUUAGAAGCCUUUCUAAUUCUGCUAGUAGUGAAAAAGUAGAUGCCGGAGGCAAUAUUUUGAUUCACCAUACAAGGAAUACUGCUCAAAAACAGUGGGCUGAAACUCAAGUGCUUACAUUGUCAGGAGUAGCUAGAGUAUUUAAUACCAAGAGACAACUCCUCCAAGCUUUAGGAGAUUUUCCUAGAGCCUGGUCUAUUCUACUAGAAUUCAUAGAAAAUGCAGCUUUAAGUAAAAAUAAUGAAGUGUCCAUAGCAGCUCUCAAAUCCUUUCAAGAAAUUUUAUUUCUUAACAAAAAUCAAAAUGGUGACAAUAAAAUAUCAUGCGAUGAUAAAGAUAUUUGGGUUGUUGCGUGGAAAAUUUGGGUAAAAAUUGGUACAGAGAUUACUGUACCAUUAAUAGAGCAAGAGACACAAGAAGAUUUUUAUAUUCCAAGUCAGACGUUUCUUACAGCUUUAGUACAAAUAUUUCCAAAUGUAUUUCAGCAUGUAAAAAUCACAUUUACUUUAGAAGAUUUAAAACAGUUAGGUGCUGUCCUUUUAAACGCUGUAGGCAUUCCUGUGUUUGGAGAAACUCCAUACAUAAUCUCCACUUCCUCAGAUAUUACUUUAACACCGUUACAUGAUGGAGUUUUGCAUGUUAUGGAAUUAUUGCAGAAGGAAGCUCUACUGAAAAAUAAUUCAAAAAUGAUACCUGAAAUAUUCACCUUACUAUUGUCAUUUUCAAAGUUCACUUGCUCUCCUCCAACUUGUUCUAAAGUAGAAAAUAAACAUAAUAAAAUGGCAGAUUGGGUGACAAUGAACUAUGUGCCAUUUGGAGAAAAAGCUAUAUCUAUGGUUGUAAAACUGUAUGAAAAGACUGCUGAAAACCCUGAAGUAAUUACAACAAAUAUAUUGAAAGACAUUAUUGUAACGCUCCAUACUCCUUUAGCUCUUAAGUACAAUUGUGUAUCAAACAGUAUAUGGAAAUUAGCGGCUAAUAGCCUGUUGACAGUACUUAAAGUUGGGCUUAAAGUCGCUAGAGGUCAUGGAAAUCAAUUUGCAACUAUGUGGAACGAACUUUACAAUACACUCAAUGACUUUUUAUUUCCAACCACAUGCGCUCCGGGAGAAAAAGGCUUAGAUGAAAUGGUUUCUGACGAGGCAACAGAUUGUCAAAUAAUAGAUUUAUUACGUACUGAAGUCUUACCUUAUUCCAAAAAUAUUCCAAAAGACUUUAUUAUGCAAGUUGUGAUUCUUUUAAAUAAAGGAUCCAUCCAUUCUGCUACAAAUGUCAAAACUGAUGGCGAUAUUGAACUAACGCUCAGAGAAGAAUUUGCAAAAACGUGUUUUGAAACAUUACUUCAAUUUUCUUUGAUUGAUGGAGCAAACAAUGGACUCUUAACUAGUAGUGAUGAUAAAAACAAUGGUGUUGCUGGACAUUUGGCUGUUACAUCUUUAUUACAUCGGUUUCAAGAAGUUUUAAAAAAAUACAUCGAAGAUGAAAAACUUAGUGGAAAAUGUCCACUGCCACGAUAUCGACUAUCCGAGAUAUCUUUUGUACUGAAAGCCCUAACAACUCUAAUAGUUUCUAUGAAAAAGGCAACCACUGUGAAAGAAGACAAUAAAGCUUGGGAACAACUCAUAAAUCUCUACCCAUAUCUAGUGGAAUGUACAACAACUUCCUCCACUCAAGUGUCGAGACCAUUGAGAGAAGCUUUACUACAAUUCUGUGAUCUUUUACAACCACCACAUAAUAGAAACAAUAAUGUUAUUAAGAUUCCAGAUUCAUUAAUAUAGUAUUAUCAUUUUCGUACCUGUACAAAGUCGUCAUAUCUGUAACCAUAUUACACAAAUUAUAAUCAGCACUGGGAUUUACUUAUGGACGUAAUGAAAUUUAAUGUUUAUAAUAAAAUACACUUGAAUCCAUACCAAUGAAGGUAGAUUAUCAAAAAGGCUGUGCUUGGUGAUAGUGUAAUAUGAGAUAAAAGGUUAAAAGCGGUAUACUUUUUUUGAUGAAAUGUAAAAACGAAGGAUAUUCUUUUGAUUUCUAAAUAGUACGAUAUCCAUCUGCAGGAUUAGUGCGCUCUUCGGUUUUUUUCUAAAACCUUAAAACCCAACUCUCUUUUACUCUAACUUAAAUAUUUAUCAUCUUUAGCAGCUAGUAACCCUUAUUUGCGACCGGAUUUAAUUAGGCCACCAUAUAUUAUAAUAAAAUUAACUUUAAUUUAUUAUAUGAUUAAUAAAUGUACUUUAUAAACUUAUAAAUGUAUCGAAAUCAUACCUAUUGGCUGCGAAGAGCUGCGGCCAGAUGCCUAAGGGCAAC